UAAUGCUGUCACCACGGCCACACUUGCAACUAGCGCGUCACUCGAUUUAAAAAAAUUGCAAACCAAACGUAAAUUUCAGCAUAAAACUAGCCCGAAUUGUGAUAAAAACCGAGGAACUCAGGCCGAAAAGCAUCAGCAGUAUUUGCCAACUAAUAUAUAGCGUGCCGGAGCAGUUGCGACAUCGAAUCCGCCGGAGCCGCCUUUGCCGGUCCAAAAAAAAAAGAGACGCCAAAGAGUCGCACAUUGUCCAUCGCAAUUCGCAUUGCAUUGAGAUUCCUGGAAUUCGAGGGGCGCACACACGAUGAGCAAGGACAUUUACUACUCCGACAAGUACUACGAUGAGCAGUUCGAGUACAGACAUGUGGUUUUGCCAAAGGAGCUGGUCAAAAUGGUGCCCAAGACCCAUCUGAUGACGGAGGCCGAGUGGCGCUCCAUUGGCGUCCAGCAGUCGCGGGGAUGGAUCCACUACAUGAUCCACAAGCCGGAGCCCCACAUUCUCCUGUUUCGGCGACCCAAAACGGAUUAGCUCAAAACGGCGGCAGUAGGAGCAGCAGCAGCAGCAGCAGCAACAACAACUGCAUCAGAUACACAUACUUCUAUACCAUAUAGCCUGUAGCACAUACCUAUAUAUCCGGCAGCUGCUGCCGAUAUGCUGUAUUGGCGGUGGUGGUGGUUGCUGCCAAACAACCAACUGUUGCACAAACAUCAACAACAACAUCAUCAUCAUCAACAACAUCAUCAUCAUAGGUACUCAGGAAUCAGGAAUCCCCUAGGAACUGCUCAUUGUGCUGUUUUUCCUUCGUAAUACUCUCAUUUUUACCAUGUUUGCCCCGCAUGCGAAUGUCAUUUUGCCCCCUUCUAUAAAUAUAGCACCUAGAGCUACUGAUAAGUUUGCCAUUUUCGUACACCUUUGUGCUGGGAGAUAUAUUUGAGGCGUUGUUUCCGAAUCAUUUCUCAAGCUCCCACGAAUUUUACCAUACUUUAUGUUGCCAUUUCGAAACGGAAGCGAAACGAAGAAUUUUGCUCACUUUUUAUAAGCUUAAAUGAAAUCUGAUUUGUGAUCUUGAAAUUCUUAAUCAAUAAUCAUAUGUUUACACAUAAUAUAAUAAACUUAAAAUAAAUAUGUUUAAUGUAUGGCGAAGCUUGAAGCGUUGAUUGCUUGAAGUUUUCCCUAAUCAAUUAAA